UCACCCCUCGUCAUUACCUCAAGACGUGUUGGUUUCCAGCUCCUCUCUUUCAUAUUAUAUACAAAACAACAAAAACAAUAAUAAAAAGCUAUGUCCACUAAGUUCAUUCAUCCCCAAUCCUCCAUUUAGCUAGCUGAUCAAUCUCCAAUCUCUCUAUCACUCUCUCUCUCUCUCUUUCUCUAAUGGAUGUUCCUCCAGAGGGACAUCAACAAGGCGACAUGCCGAUGAACACCCCCAUCUCUCCAUCAGUGCCCAAGGGCGACCUGAGUAACACAGACAACAUGAACAUGAUGACCACGAGCUUCUACUGGGGCAAAGACGUCAUCGUUUUGUUCUCCGGCUGGCCAGGCGAGCACGUCGGCAUGUACAUCUUGGCUCUGCUCUUCGUGUUUCUGAUUGCGAUCGCCGCCGAGAUUUUCUCGGUAUCGCCGACCGUCAAAGCCGGAACGAGUCCGGUGGUUGUCGGAACCAUCCAGACCGGCGUUUAUGUGUUCCGAAUCGGUUUUCUUUACUUGGUCAUGCUCUCUGUCAUGUCCUUCAACGCCGGUAUCUUCUUGGCCGCUGUGGCUGGCCACUCUGUCGGAUUCUUCCUUGUCAAGUUUCGUGCUUGUGCACUAGCCAACAGGACCAACAACGUUCCCAAAGUUUGAAAUUUCAUUGUCUAUGUGUUUUGUUUUCAGUGUGCUUAAUUUAUCUCACAAUCAAAAAAUAAUAAUAAUUUAUCUCACAUCACCGUGCGUUGUGAUGUCUAGCUAUUAUGGUGUGUGAAAGAGUGCUCUUUGUCUUUGUUUGUAGUUCUCACUUGUGGGAUCAUCUUGGUUCGUAUUUCUGUUGAAUGUAAUAUACUGUAGAGAAAAAGAAAAUUGCACUAUUGUCUUA